AACAUGAAAAUGGGAUCAUCGAAGCGCAAAUCGUCCUUCCGGAUCGAUGACAUCCUGCAUCAGCAGCGUGCCGAACAGAACCUGUUGCACCAUCAGCAUCCAGCCAGACCAUUCGGCACCGGUAGUGGUGCAACAUCCGACCAAAUUCCGUCGGAUCUUUCACUGGCACAUCCUUCCGGUUACAGCUCACAACACACGGUUCCGUUGGAUUGUGCCAGUUCACCACCGGGUUCGUCCGGAAUGGCUUCACCGGUGUUGGGGUUGGGUACGGGUACGCCCGGUUCGGCUCCUGUUCGAUCAGAAUCACCGAAAAAACCCACCGCCAUGUAUCCGGGACUGUUGGAUUUCUCGAAAAACGUCAUCCCGAUUCCGCUGCAGUUCGGCAUGCCGACGUUUAACCCGCUUAACACGGCCUACCUGGAACAUUACGCGUCCAUGCUGCACAAAGCAUCACCUCGUGUCGCGUGGCCCUUCUACCCGCACCCGUACAGCUAUCUUCUGCCCGCCUGCGGUUCCAAGCGAAAGGGCGGCCAGGUUCGAUUCACACCCCAGCAGACGCAAAGUCUGGAAAAGCGAUUUUCCAACCACAAGUACCUGUCACCGGAGGACCGCCGGAAUCUGGCGAUACAGCUGAAGCUUAGCGACCGACAGGUGAAAACGUGGUUCCAAAAUCGACGUGCCAAGUGGCGCCGAGCCAACGGAGGUUGCCAGUCGACGGACGUGGUUGGUGGUGGUGGUGGAAUCGAUGGAACACCUGGUGACAUGGCCAAACACCACGAUAGCAGGACGAACAAAUAUUCGAGCGAUGACGAGGACGAUGACGAUGAGGAAGAUGACGAAAACGCCGUUAUUCGAGCAGACCAACAUUCCACAGCACCUCGGCCUGGUCGAAGAAACUCUCCAUCGAUGGAGGACGAUGGCAAAAGCUCGGAUGGUUACUCCGGAAGGGCUUCGAGUGAGGAACGGGAUGAUGACGAUUCCGCCUCGCCUACAAUCGACGUCAUAUAG